AUGGAAAAUCUCAAAUCACAGCAAAUGAUGGACAAAGGAAAGGAAUCUUUUACUUGUACAGAGUGUGGAAAAAGCUUUACACGAAAAUCAGGUGUCUUAUUACACCAAAGAGUACAUACAGGCGAAAAGCCAUUUAAAUGUAGGGAGUGCGGCAAAUGUUUUGCACGAGAGAAUGUGCUUGCAGCUCAUGAAAGAGUCCACACUGGGGAGAAACCAUUCACAUGUACAGAGUGUGGAAAAUGCUUUAGACAAAGGAACGCUCUACUGGAACACCAAACAAUUCACACAGGAGAGAAACACUUCAAAUGUACUGAGUGUGGAAAAAGCUUUAGGCAGAAGAUAGGAUUUUUAAAGCACCAAAUGAUUCACACUGGAGAGAAGCCUUUCACUUGUACAGAAUGUGGCAAACGUUUUGCACGGAAGAGUCACCUCAUAGCUCAUGAAAGGCUGCAUACAGGAGAGAAACCAUUUGCUUGUACUGAUUGUGGGAAACAAUUUAGAAACAAGUCAAAUCUACAAAUACACCAAAAGAUUCAUACAGGAGAGAGAGAUUUUAAAUGUAGUGAGUGCGGGCAAGGUUUUAUAAACAUGUAUAGUCUCAUAUCUCAUAGAAAGAUCCACACAGGAGAGAAACCAUUCACAUGUACAGAAUGUGAUAAAAGCUUUAGAGAAAGGUCAGGUCUCUUAAGACACCAACGGAUUCAUACAGGGGAGAGCCCAUUUGCAUGUGAAGAGUGUGGAAAAUGCUUCAAAUUAAAGAGUGUCAUAAUACACCUAAGGAUUCAUACAGGAGAGAAACCGUUUAAAUGUAGGGAGUGUGGGAAAUGUUUUGCACGGGCGAAUGUGCUCGCAACCCAUAAAAGAGUCCACACUGGGGUAAAAUCAUUCACAUGUACAGAGUGUGGGAAAUGCUUUAGCGAAAGACCAGGUCUACUUGAACAUCAAAAGAUUCACACAGGAGAGAAGCCUUUCACUUGUACAGAGUGUGGCAAAGGUUUUGCACAAAAGUGUUUCCUCAUAUCUCAUGUAAGGAUCCAUACAGGAGAGAAACCAUUUGCUUGUACUGAAUGUGGGAAAUGCUUUAGAGAAAGGUCAGGUCUACUAGAACACCAAACGAUUCACACAGGAGAAAAGCCUUUCACUUGUACAGAGUGUGGCAAAGGUUUUGCACAUAAGUGUUUCCUCAUAUCUCAUGUAAGGAUCCAUACAGGAGAGAAACCAUUUGCUUGUUCUGAAUGUGGGAAACAAUAUAACCACAAAUCAAAUCUACAAAUACACCAAAAGAUUCAUACAGGAGAAAGAGAUUUCAAAUGUAGUGAGUGCGGGAAAAGUUUUACAUGUGGGAGUGUUCUCAUAUCUCAUAGAAAGAUCCACACAGGAGAGAAACCAUUCACAUGUACAGAAUGUGAUAAAAGCUUUAGAGACAGGUCAGGUCUCUUAAGACACCAAAUGAUUCAUACAGGGGAGAGGCCUUUUGAAUGUGCAGAGUGUGGAAAAUGUUUCAAAUUAAAGAGUCAUCUCAGAAAUCAUGAAAUCAUCCACACAAAUGAGAGGCAAUUUACUUGUACUGAAUGUGGGAACAGUUUUAUGCAUAAAACAGCUCUUCAAAGGCACAAAAAAAUUCACACAGGAGAGAAACCAUUUUCAUGUACAGAAUGUGGGAUAAGCUUUGCAGAGAAGUCAAAACUUAGAUUGCACCAAACUAUUCAUACAAGGGAAAAGGCUUUCACAUGUACAGUAUGUGGAAAAGGAUUUAUGAAGAAGCCAGCUUUCCUAAAGCACCAGAACAUUCACCAGAGUGAGAAUCCUCUCACAGAUGCAUAAUGUGUAACAGCUUUCUACAAAUGCAUUUCAGCUUUACUACAUCAGUAAGCUCACGGUGGUACAGAGUAUGAGAAAUGGUUGUGGAAAGAUUUAUAGUUUUUUUUUUUUUUUUUUUACAAAACUAGUGUCUUUUAAAUCAUUAAAGGGCAAUGUAAUGCAGAAAAUAACAAAUUGUCCUAAUAAAUUAUCAUUAUUUUAGCACUGUGA